AGUAGUGAAGUCUCAUCUCCCUUGACACAGGAGUGGCAAGCUUUUCAGAGCCUCUGCUAGCCAUGAACCGACAGCCAGAGCUCCAGUCUGCACGAACGGUGCGCUCCUCGUCCCUCCCGGUGUCACCGACUUUGCCCAUGUCUCAGUAUGCUUCCCGCUCAGACUCUAAGGGAGCUUUGGACAGCAGCAGCCCAGAAGCCUACACAGAAGAUGACAAGACCGAGGAGGAUAUGCCUGCCCCCAAUAACUAUCUGUGGCUCACCAUCAUCUCGUGUUUCUGCCCAGCGUACCCGGUCAACAUCGUGGCUUUAGUCUUCUCUAUCAUGUCUCUGAACAGCUACAAUGACGGAGACUACGAAGGAGCCAGGAGACUGGGGCGGAACGCCAAGUGGGUAGCCAUCGCCUCCAUCAUCAUCGGCCUGGUCAUCAUCGGCGUUUCCUGUGUGGUGCACUUCACCAGGAAGCCACCUAAGUGAGUCACAUGAUGUUGGAGGAGCAGUUUCACGUCAUCCAAUCAGAAGACAUGAGGAUAAUGCAAAUAUUCGGUAUUUUGCACAGAACAAGGUCUUCUUGUCAGACGGUUCUGGUCCAAACAGCAUCAGAAACUUGAAGUCUCUCAAAGUCAGAGACUUCUCCACCCUCAAGUGGCCAGGAA